UCCGCCCCUUUUGGUUCCUCCUCUGCGUUCCUUCGCUCUGCAACCCGCCUCUUCCGUCUCAGGGUUGUGACGUUUACUCUGCGCCGGAAGGAGAGCCGCAGAACGCUUUUGGAAUUAUGGCGGCGGUGGAUAUUCGAGAUAAUCUGCUGGGAAUCUCUUGGGUUGACAGUUCUUGGAUCCCUAUUUUGAAUAGUGGAAGUGUCCUGGAUUACUUUUCAGAAAGAAGUAAUCCUUUCUAUGACAGGACAUGUAAUAAUGAAGUGGUCAAAAUGCAGAGGCUAACAUUAGAACACUUAAAUCAGAUGGUUGGAGUGGAGUACAUCCUUUUACAUGCUCAAGAGCCCAUUCUUUUUAUCAUUCGAAAGCAACAGCGGCAGUCCCCUACUCAAGUGAUUCAGGUUCUGAAAAACAGAAAAAUUACUGUCUUUGAAUAUGUGAUAUUUUUUGUUUACUUUGGAAAUUUUGGUCAUAUGAGAAAUUCAGAAUUUGUUUCUUUUUAUAAGCUUACUGCAGUACAUGGCAUUCAGUCAGCUUUUGAUGAAGCUAUGUCAUAUUGUCGAUAUCAUCCUUCCAAAGGGUAUUGGUGGCACUUCAAAGAUCAUGAAGAGCAAGAUAAAGUCAAACCUAAAGUCAAAAGGAAAGAAGAACCAAGCUCUAUUUUCCAGAGACAACGUGUGGAUGCUUUACUCCUAGACCUUCGACAAAAAUUUCCACCCAAAUUUGUGCAGCAAAAGUCUGGAGAAAAGCCUGUCCCAGUGGAUCAGACAAAGAAAGAGGCAGAACCUCUACCAGAAACUGUAAAAUCUGAAGAGAAGGAGACCACAAAGAAUGUCCAACAGACAGUGGGCACUAAAGGCCCCCCUGAAAAACGAAUGAGACUUCAGUGAGUAUUGGACAAGAAAGAAACUUGCAAGAAUCCUCUUGUCCACAUUUUACCUCAUUACUGUGACGGGCUCUUGAACUUUAAAAUUCUUUGUCACAAUCAUUUGUAUAGAAUGUGCUUGUUCUUUAAGAAUGGAUAUGGAGCCUCAUGCUUUCAGUCUGGAUAUUUUUAAUGUAUCUUUUGUAACCUUUUCCCUAUUGGAUUUGAGCGGCUUCCUCACUCAUAUGUUUACUGCUGUAUAUGUUUAAAAGCAAAAUAAAGGUAUUUGUAUAAAUUA